AUGUCAAUUUCCGUGCCCGUUCGCAUGGUUGGCACCAUUGACCAGGGUACGUCCUCCACCCGGUUUAUCCUGUUUGAUCGAGACACCCUGCAGGUGGUGCAUCGGCAGCGGUCAUCUGUCUCGCUUAAAUCACGAGCACCACAGCAAGGCUGGGCCGAGUUCUGCCCGCGACAAAUAAUAUCUUCUGUAAUGGACGCCAUGGAAACUGCCUGUGCUCAUCUUGCCCCUGAAAAUACCCUUGCUUUCGCCCUAGCGAUUGGAAUUGUCAACCAACGGGAGUCCGUUUUGGCCUGGGACCGAGGCAGUGGCGAGCCUUUGACACCAGCGAUUUUGUGGUACGACAAUCGUACUGCUGACCUCGUCUCAAAGUUCCGUGAAAAGGAGCUUGGAGCGACCACAACAGUGCAGAGCCUGACGGGACUGCCUGUUUCAACGUACUUUUCUGCAGUGAAGAUCAAAUGGCUGCUGGAAAACGAGCCUUAUGCCUCGAAAAUACGCCAGGCGUUAGAAACGUCAAAUCUCCGGAUAGGAACUAUUGAUACAUGGAUUCUUGAUAGGAUCACCGGGGGAAAGUCUUACUUUACCGAUAUUACCAAUGCUGCGAGAACGAGUCUGAUGAACAUUCACACGGGCAUGUGGGAUGCGGCUCUUUUUGAGUUUUUUGAACUGGGUCCCUCGCUCCUCAGUGCAAUGCCAGAGAUUCGGUCAAAUUGCGACCCGCUUUUUGGAAACACAGCGAUCUUUAAGAAAGGUUCUUUGCUCGACGGUGUUCCAAUUACGGCAAUGCUGGGAGAUCAGCACGCUUCAUUGCUUGGUCACCAUUGCCUUCGCCCUGGUGAAGCAAAAGCAACGUUUGGCACUGGGUGCUUCCUCAUGAUGAACACGGGCGCUGAGUUGGUUUUCUCACCAGGGCUUGUGACUACCAUUGCUUUCCAAUUGGGAAAAAAUGCUCCGGUUGUUCAUGCAGUGGAGGGCUCCAUUGCAAUGGCCAGCCGCCUUAUGAGUUGGCUGCAGGAAACGCUUCACAUCCCCCCGUCGAGCGAUGGCUCGAUGGAAAUUGAUAGCUUUCUAUGUCAGGUAGCAGAUGCAGGCGGUGUUUCAUUCCUCUCUUCAUUGACAGGAAUUUAUUCACCAGUGUGGAGGAGCGAUUUGAAGGGAUCAAUUCACGGCCUCACGUUGGAGACAAAACCGGAACAUAUUUGCAGAGCCGCUGUGGAGUCCAUCGCCUUCCAGACGAAAAUGAUCAUCGAUGAAAUGACACAUUGCUCUGUGAGUGGGGCAACUUCAGCGGGGCUUUCCGUAGAUGGCGGUCUCUCACUCUCAAAUGUUCUAUGCCAAAUUGAAGCUGAUGUCCUGUCUCGCCCAAUAUUUAGGCCUGCAGAACAGGAGCUUUCUGCCCUUGGUGGUGCCGUUGCUGCCCUUAUCGGUGCCAAUAGUGACACCAUGGAUCACAUGUUAAACAAGCUGCAUGGGUGCGACGCAAUGAAAAAUGCCGACAGCUUCAGCCCGAACACGGCACAGAGAAAUCUGGACGCCUUUGAAAGGUGGAAAACAUUGCUGGAAAGGGAGCUCUUCCAGCAUCAUUGA